GAAUGUGGGAAUUGUGAAGCACAAGGUAAGUAUUGUAGAUUCAAGAAUAACAACAGCAGUGGCAGCAACAGUAAAUUAUUAUUAAAUGGAACAACUGAAUGCUUAGACAAGCCCAAACAACCAUCUAUGGGUGUAUUGAGGAAACUAGAGAUUGCAAGUGGAGUCCUAGGUCUGACUCUUCUUGUUAUAGUUGUCAUUACAAUAUAUCUUGUCAAUAGAUCAAACAAAAUGAAAAAACAGGAUCAAGUAAAGAUUGACAAAUUUUUAGAGGAUUACAAAGCUCUUAAGCCUGCAAGAUAUUCCUAUGCAGAUAUCAAGAAAAUAACAAAUCAAUUUCAAGACAAAGUAGGCCAAGGAGGUUAUAGAAUAGUGUACAAGGGCAAGCUUUCCAAUGAUGUUCAUGUCAUGGUCAAGAUCCUCAACAAUGUGAAAGGAAAUGGGGAUGAGUUCAUUUAUGAAGUGCAAACAAUGGGUAGAAUCCACCAUAUCAACGUGGUUCGCUUGGUGGAAUAUUGUGUUGACGGAUUGAGAAGAGCUCUUCUUUAUGAGUUCUUACCAAACAAUUCGCUUGAAAAGUUUAUAUCCACUGAUAAAGAGAAGAAUUCACAUGGUUUGGAGAAGUUGCAUGACAUUGCUCUUGGCAUAUCUAAAGAAAUUGAAUAUCUGCACCUAGGGUGUGAUCAACGAAUCCUGCACUUCGAUAUUAAGCCUCACAAUAUCUUGUUAGAUAAUAAGUUUAUCCCGAAGAUCUUUGAUUUUGGUCUAGCAAAAUUGUGCUCAAAGGAAUAAAUUGUUCUUUCCAUGACUACUGCUAGAGGGAUUGUGGGUUACAUUGCACCCAAAGUGUUCUCCAAAAACUUUGGGAACGUAUCGUACAAAUUAGAUGUUUAUAGCUUUGGGAUGUUGUUGCUAGCUAUGGUUGGAGGGAGGCAAAAUACGGUAACACAAAACAACAACGAGUGUUACUUUCCAAAAUGGAUAUAUAAACGUUUGAUCAAGGAGAAGAUCUAGGAAUACAAAUUGAGGAAGACGAGGAUGUGAAAAUUAUAAGCAAACUAACAACUGUGGGGCUUUGG